AUGGCGUAUGAGUUCAAUGUGAAGCGCGAAUGGCGCCGCCAAACAUCCGACGGCGAGUACGUGAUUCUAACAGACCCGACGAGUAUCAACCUCAAAUUCGUGAACGAGGCAUUCGCAACGGACGACAUGUUCUGGGCAAAAGUCCUACCAGAAGAGCAGAUUCGAACGAUGCUCGCCAACUCUUUCACCUUGGGCCUCUACAAAGUGCUCCCCGCCGUGCCCGCGGCCCAGAGUUCGGACUCGCCUUCUUCACCUCGAACUCCAUCCCCAACAACCGAGGCACAGCCGGCAGAGCAAUUACAGCAAGUAGGCCUGGCGCGCUACGUGACCGACUACAUCACCUGGGCCUACCUCACGGACGUCUACGUGCACCACGAGCACCGAGGGACGGGGCUGGGCAAGUGGCUGAUUGCGUGCUGCAACGAGAUUCUCGGCGAGAUUCCGAGUUUGCGGCGAGCACUGCUGCUCACGACCGUGGAUGUGGGUAGGCGCUUUUACUCGCGGGAAAUGGGCUUUCACGAUGUGCUGGAGGAGCGGGAGCAUUUGGCUUGCAUGACGCGGAAGACGUAUAGGAUGGAUGGGAAGUGA